AUAAAACCAUACUAAUUGCCAGACAGAAGUAUAUAACUUGAUGAGAAGUUAAACUCUGCAAGCAUUACGCGUGACGAUUUUGAUGAGAAUUGCGUACGUGUUCCUCUCUCAAUGCUUUGCGGUCAACCCAGAAUACAUCUAUAUAUAUACAUAUACAAUCAUACAAACACAGUUUAUAUAUACAUUAUUUCUAAUUCUUGAAAGAGAGGGAGGAGAAGAAGAAAGAAAGAAAGGAAGAACUUAAGCUCUGCCUUCAAAGAUUUCAAUUCAAAAUCCGUUCUUUCUGAUAGAAAUCGGAAACCCACAAUGAGAAUCUCGCUUUUGUCACCAAGAACGGUGUUUGGGUAUCAUUUUCUGGUAAUGGUUUUAUUUCUCCUCUUCCUGUUCAGUUCUUCUUCAUCAUCAUCAACAAUCCAGGUUCGGGAUUUUUAUCAUCCCUGCAAGAAUUUCAAGACUGGGGGGUCCACUUCCGCGACUGGAGCUGCCUGCUAUCAAUUGCAGAUAAUCCACCGCUGCCCGUCGUUCCAGCCGCCGCCUUCUGAUUCCGCGGAGGAGAUUGAUCCGAGAUAUGGGGUGCAGAAACGAUUGGUCCCUUCUGGUCCCAACCCUCUGCACAACUGAAAUCCAUGAUGAUUUCUUUUUCCGAUUUCUUGGAAAUUAUUUCAAGAUUUCAGAUUUUUUGGAUACCCUUUUCGUUCUUUGAUUGGUUAAAGUUGAUAAAUUAGCUGCUCGUAUUAAAGAUUGACUCAGAAGAAAAAGUCCCCUUUGGUUGUGUUCUUGAUUUGGUGGCAGGAAAGCAUACAGGCAACUAUGGCUAGCUUCUAUUUCUCUUUGCUGUAUUUUUUUCUUUUUCAGUUUUUUUUUUAAUUGUUUAGAAUCUUUAAUUGAAGUGUGAAUGGAGGUGUAAUUUAGUUGGAGAUGUGUCAAGAGAAGGCCAUGAUGGGCAUUUAGUGUUGGGAGCUGUUCAGUUGGGGUGGUGGGCAAUUAGUAGUGCUUUUUUCAUCAUCCUCAUUACAUAAAUGCAGUCAAUGUAUAUAUAGUGCAAGUUCUAUAUAGUUGUGUUCAUGUAUGACAUCUAGUAGCAAUUCAUAUAUUACCCUUUUCGCCUUA